CUAAGUCGCCCAAAGUAAUUCGUAUUUUUUUACAAAACAAACCCAGCAGUGAUUGGCAACAUUUUGCGACCCAUCUUUGUGUCGAAUCAGCGGCCGGUGUAACAAAAGUCAGACGUUUUGCAACUCACCGGCAUUUGGUAACCAUCGAGGACGAGGAGCACAGCUAGCUUACGCUAGCCUGACCGUUUCAUUGAAUCGAAUCCAAGAUCUGUGCCUUACAUUUUGGAGUUGUACAUCUUAAAAGUGUCUAUUCAUCGACAGGAGGCGUGUCGGUGAGCGCUUACGAACAGAAGCUACUGGGAACAGCUACUUUCAUUAUCAGAGAAGCCAUGCUCAGCCUCCGAUGCAUUGUGAGAAAUCUCAGACUGCAGAGUUGUCUUCCCUUCCGGAAAUCAUGGGUGUCCACCUCUCAGCAACCAUCAGGGAGUGGGUAUGCUUUAGUUCAGCAUAGUCAUCCCUUGUUGUUUCACGGGCGCUGCCUGUCUCAGGGCCCUAAAUCUUCAUCUAAAAUCAGUCUGUUGACUCGGGUAGGGGUGACUUUGUUGUUAGGCGGGGGUCUGCUUGGAUCAUGGGUGUAUGUUUAUAACGAAAAGCAGCAGAAACUAAGGCAGCAGCGUGUAGAGCAGCUGAAGAAGGUAGCUCUUGGUCAUGGUAACUUCAGCCUCCUGGACCAUAGGGGGCAGCGCAAAACCAAGAAAGACUUCCUGGGUAACUGGGUGCUGCUGUACUUUGGGUUCACCCACUGUCCCGACAUCUGCCCUGAUGAGCUGGAUAAACUGAGUGCGGUUGUGAAGGAACUGGACAAGGACACCUCCCUUCCGUCUGUUCUGCCCAUCUUCAUCACAGUGGAUCCGGAGAGAGACAACGUUGAAGCUCUGGCCCGCUACGUUAAAGACUUUCAUCCGCGUUUGCUGGGUUUGACAGGAACACCAGAGGAGGUCAAAGAGGCGGGCCGGGACUACAGAGUGUACGCCAACGCUGGGCCCAAAGAUGAGGAUGGAGAUUACAUAGUGGACCACACCAUUCUCAUCUACCUGGUCACUCCUGACGGGCUGUUUCUGGACUAUUACAACCGUAUGAAGAGUCAAGAGCAGAUAACAGAGAGUGUCCGGAACCACAUCAAGAACCAUGUCCUGCUUCCUCAGCAAUAAGCACAGAGUCUUUAAUAAAGUAUUGUUUAUUUUUAAAAAUCUUUCUGGCGUGCGUGACAAGCCAUGUCUAACAUACUUGAAUACAAUGCAACCUGAUCAUGAGUGAAGAUGAGUAAAUGUAUGCUUUAAAAGGAACACAAAACAUGACGAAACCACUGUCAGACAAGAGAACGCUGAUCCGUGUCAAUGUUCAAAUCCAUGGUUUUGAAUCUGUCAGUUGCUCUCUGAGAGCUGAGAAGUGUCAGACCCAUCAUGUCCAAGCUCUCCUCCAGGCUACCUGUACUGUCGAUCUCCACCGUGUAGUCAUUUGCCUGAAGAACACACAGUGUCUGUCAGUCGGUCAGCUCUUCAUUACUUAACUGAAUCAUGUUCUGCUUCAGAGACUGGUACUCAAUACACAUGUGCUGGAUUUUUUUAAAGGUAAAAAAAAACAAAAAAUGAAAAACAAAAAUUUGCCACAACCAAAUGAGCAGAUCUGUUUAAAGCAACGUUCUUUGUGACUUACCAGUUGUAGGGAUGCAAGCAGGAACUUGCAGGCUUCAAAGUUGUCCAGAUCAGACACCAAGGAGGAGAACAGCCGCCGCUGGCCGACUUCACUCAGCGAAGACACAAUUCUGUUGCCGUAUUCAUGGAUGUCAAACGCUGGACGCUUCUCCUGAGAAGCAGAAAGAGGAUGACACUUGGGGAUGAGCUCUCCAGCACAGUUUCCUCUCGAUCCACACUCACCUGCAGAUCCAGCACUGGCUUGAUGUUCUCCUCCCAUUCCUUGACUCGCCUAGACAGGGCCGUCUCUUGAACGUAGCCAUUAGAGGUCGCCACCAGCUGCUCCUAGUGUUGCAGAAACACGCCAGCAUGAGGCCUCACAUGAACGCAACGCUUCACUGAUGUUUGUGACCAGCGUUGAUGUUGACCUACCACACGCAGUCUCACUAGGUCUUCAUAACUGAGCCCAUCAUCUGAUCCGUUUAUAAGUACAGAGAAAGGUAGAGUUCAGAAUGAAGUCAAAUCAAAAUCAGGCCAUUCAGAACACUAUUGUUACCUGGAGAUUUCAAUUCUUCUCCCUCAUCAAAUUCAGCUGGCGCAUCUUCUG